AUGGCGGUCUCCUUUUUCAAAUCUCUUUACCAAAUUGAAUUGGGAGUCUCCCCAUGGCUUCCCAAAGGCUUCGCGGCCUUGUCUGUUUCUUCCUGUACUGGACUCGAACGCCCAAUUGAUAGAGAGAAGAUCAUACAAGCAGUCAAGAGCAUGGGAAACCUAAAAGCUCCGGGGAAGGAUGGUUAUCAACCGAUAUUCUACAAGCGUUGUUGGGAUACAGUGGGGGAUAGUCUUGUGAACCUCGUGGAGGAAUGCUUUAGAGAACCUGAACUCAUUUCUCAGGUAAAUGAAACUUUAUUUGUCCUUAUUCCCAAAAAAGAGGCUCCUGAAUCCUUUCUACAGUUUCGACCCAUUGGACUUUCUAAUGUGGCUUACAAAACCUUGGCGAAGUGUUUGGUCAACCGGAUCAAACCCCUGAUGGGGAAUCUGGUUCACCCGACGCAAACAAGCUUUGUACCUGGCAGACACAUAUCGGAUAAUAUUAUCAUAGUGCAAGAAGUAGUCCACUCCAUGGGGCUGAAGAAGGGGAGAAAAGGGCAGAUGGCUCUAAAGAUCGACCUAACUAAAGCCUAUGAUAGAUUGAGUUGGAAUUUUGUCAAGGAGGUGAUCACUGAGAUAGGUUUGCCGAGGAAGUUUAUUGAUGCUAUUAUGGCAUGUAUUACCUCACCAACAAUGCAGGUUCUCUGGAAUGGUCAGAAUACUGAAGAAUUCAAACCUUCUAGAGGGCUUAGACAGGGCUGCCCGUUGUCACCCUAUCUAUUCACUCUUUGCUUGGAAAAGCUCAGCCACCUAAUUCGAGAGUCCAUUGAUCAGGGAAAAUGGAAACCAAUCCGCCUAAACCCUGGGGGACCUCAAUUGUCUCAUAUCUUCUUCGCUGAUGACUUGAUCCUAUUUGUCGAAGCUAGCGCGGAUCAAGCUGCAGUGAUCAUGAAGUGUCUCGACACCUUUUGCCAAGCCUCUGGACAACUUGUCAGUAGGGAGAAAUCUGUGGUAUUUUUCGCAAAGAAUACCAACCGCACCAUCAGCUCUAGCACAACAAGUAUAUUGGGAAUGCCAGCUACUCAGGACCUUGGAAGAUAUCUGGGUGUCCCAGUGCUUCACGGACGAGUCACGAAGGACACUUAUCGAUACAUCCUGGACAGAAUCAAUUCUAAGCUCUCAGGUUGGAAAGCUAAAAACUUAACUCUUGGGGGAAGAGUCACUCUAGCCAUUUCAGUUUUGUGCUCUCUUCCGAUCUAUGCUAUGCAGGCAACGCUGCUACCUAUCUCUAUAUGCGACGAAAUUGAUAAGCGGAUCAGAGGAUUUAUUUGGGGAUCUACCACAGAAGCGAGGAAAAUUCACCUGGUUCAUUGGGAGGGAAUUUGCAGAAAGAAAGAAGAUGGCGGACUGGGACUUCGGAAAGCUCACGAGCUCAACUUAGCUUACCUCACAAAGCUGAACUGGCGCUUUCUAAAGAACCCGGAAGAGCUUUGGGUUCAGGUACUGCAGUCAAAAUACUUCAAAAUGAGAGAGGGCAACUUGAGGUCUAAAACAUCAUCAAGACAAUCCAACCUUUAG